ACACAAGAAUUUGAGAAAAUUAUGUUAUUAGGAUGCUAAAUUUACCGUAAAUUAAAUGCCCGGUGUGAACGAAAUCCACAAGAAGUAUGCAGAACUGUUAUGGUGUUAUGAGAAAAAUAAGUUACAACGUUUGCACACAGUCAUACUCUGAUUAUUAGAUAUUCAAACUCGAUGAAAAACAAUAAAAUUAUUAUCGUUGCAGAAGGCGGCAAUGAGGCAAAAUGUGUAUAUUUAUUGUUUGGUAAUGGUGUACUUUAUUGUUGUGUAAUAUAUUAUUGGUUUAAAAUAAUAUUGCUGAUGAAGGUGUGGUUAUGGACAGUUUUGAAAAUAAUACUAGAAAGCCUCGACGCACUCGUGGCACACCUGCAUAUCAGUUCCGAAAUAAAUUUGCAUUUGGUUGGAUUAGUUUAGGAGCGGUAUUUUUAGCAGCUUGGGCGUACACUCCAAUAUUUAAAAAUAUUAAUAAAGGCCUUUGCGACUCGUUAUUUACACCAACCGAAGAGGAGAUAGAUCGGCGUUAUUUGUUCAGUUUUCCUAAGCCUUUACCCAGCAGAGAAAUACAAAAACGCAUUGAUGAAGAAAAAGAGUUUAUUUCUUAAAAAUAAAAUCUGCUAAUGGAUCGGGAAACUCGGAAAGCUAAUUUAAAGAAACUUCGGUUGUCCGGAAUUAAACACGAUGGAGCGAAUACAAGCGGUAGUUUACGGAAAACUAGAUCGGGCAACUCCUUGUUAUCAAAGUAUUUUAAGACACCAAAAGAAAAUGAAGCUAAUCAAGGAAAUGAACCAAAAGUAAAUGAGUUUGUGCAUAUGGAGAGUGCCUCUCCAACAAAAGGCUUGAUUAAUACUGAGUAUGAUGAUUUACAAUCAAUAACUCAAAACGAAACACAGAAACGAUACAGAAAGCGGACUAGUUUAAGAAAUUUUGUUUUGACGGAGGGAACAAACACACGUAAAUGUUCCAAAGAUGAUAGCGAAGACAACUUUGAGGUUCCUGAAAAGAAAACUAAGACACGAACCAAUUUGAAGCGUAAAAUAUAUUCUUCCCGAAACAAACGAAUUCUUUCUAGAGGCCAGCAGAACAUUAAAACUUUGCUCAUGCAAAACGAAGCUCUGUUCUCGGAGAUUACGUCUCAACAAUGCAGGCUUGAUAACUUCAGUGUUGAUGAAAUACAUCUCGCACUCGCAUUGUCUAAAUCACAAGUAGAAACCCAUGGCCCGUCACAUUUCGACUUUGCAGAUCAGCGAAUUGAAAAUAAAAAAAUUAAUUUGGAAAACGUUCAAAAUAUAUUAGGCCAAUAUGGUUUUCGGCCAUGUGGUUUAGAAGCCUAUAACAGUUUGAACACAGCAUUUUUGCCUGGUUCAAAUCGGCGAGGUAAAAAUAAAUGGAUCAACAAAUUUACAGCCUUAACUAUACGAAAUUCUAAACUUCAAGCUAAGAAAGUACAAUCUAAAAUAGACUUUUUAAUGAACCAAGAAUGGAAUGGCAAACAAUUGUCUUUGUCUAAAACUCAUUCCGAAUCAUAUUCGCUAUUUAGUUAUAAUCUGCAGAAACUUAACCCGUCCAAAGCCAUUAUAAAAGCAUUUGAGAAUGAAGAUAGAUUAAGCCGUGAAGAUUUUUAUGUAGAAAAUCUCUUUGACGUCAUCCACGUACAAGCUGGCUAUUUGUUAAAAAAUUGGCAUGCUGUAGAGGGGCGUGAAUUGUCUCCUCGAAGAACUAAUCAAGGUCAAAACAAAUCAAAUGAAUUUGAAAAAUUCAUGAAUCAAUCGUUUAUUAAUUUGGAAGAGCACUUCAAGGUGAAAAAAGAUGCAUUUCCUUUGAGUUUGAUAAAAAUUAGAACUGAUAAUGAAAAAUGUAGUUGCCGUACAAGUAUUACGGACAACCUUAAAAAUUACAAUAAUAAUGAAAAUGUUGUUCAAAACAACAUGGAGUGCAUUGAACAAAAUCAUGUUUUAUCUGAGCACGACACACCUGUAAUAAAUAACAUCAGCAUAGUACAAGAUGAUCAAAAAUAUAGUUCGGCACACAAUAAUAUAAAGCAAGAUUACUUAAGCCUCUCACAAAACUCUUCAGAAAGUUUUGCAACUAUACCUAAGGGAGUUCGUAUCCAAUCGCCGAACAUAUUCGCGAGUUCAGAAGACGAGUUAGAAGGAGUUGAUAUUCCAAAAAUGGCGUCUUGCAAUGAAUAUGAAAAAUUAAAUGCAUACAAAGAGAUCGUAUCACCAUUGAACAAUAUACGCUCUACAGAAAAUCUGAACACCUUAAGUGUUAUUUCAAGUAUUUUAGAUUUGACUCAAGAAUUACCAUUGGAGCAUGUAUGUAUGUAUAAUGGAAGCUUUAAGGCCUCAAUGGACAAUAUGAAACCAAAUGAUUUUCUAGAAAAUACGGAUUGGGGAACCUUUAAAGAAAACUCAUUUAAUCGAUGUGAAAAUCUGAUCGUCCCCAGUGUUAUUUCAAGUAUUAUAGAUUUGACUCAAGAAUUACCAUUGGAGCAUGUAUUAACGGAAGGUGAAAGUUUUAAGGUCUUAAAGGACAAUAUAAAACCAAAUGAUUUUCCAGAAAAUACGGAUUGGAAUACUAUUAAAGAAAAUUCUUUUAAUCGAAGUGAAAAUGCUACAAAUGCAAGAAAUUUAGAUAACUUAAACAAAUCUGCUACAAGUUCUGAGCUCGUAUUAAGUACCGAAGAAGUAAAUAACGAUAGAGAGGAUAGUUCUGAAGAUUGCAUUGUUUUGUCAGAGGACGAAAUCAAUUACUCGAUUUGGAGAGCAGAUAUGAACAAUUUUGGUCCAGAGUCACCAAAUAGUUCACUCAAUGAGGACGAUGAAGAUCUGGUACAAGAUCCUUGUGUAGUGCUUAGUACAUCUGCACUAGCUGAUCGUUCUACCGAACUUCUUGAAUAUGGAAUUUUAGAUAAUAUAUCAGAACCAUUAACACAACCAUCUGAGAUAAUGAGUAGUCCCACACAUCAACCCGAAUUAAAGGGCGCUCUUUCGACAACACUGCUUGCACCAGUCGGGUUAGAUGGUUUAUUAAAUGGUAAUAUAAAUUUCAAUAAAUCGAAACAAAAAGGAACUACCUUAGAUGUUCAAUCUUACACAAGACCUUCAGAACUUUCAGAAUAUCCUCCUGAUGAAUAUGAAAUAUCAGGUAGGAUAUAUACCAUCCGUAUAGUCACUGAUCCUAAACCGGAGUUUAUGCAAAAAUCAGAAUCUGAAAUAUUAAAACAACUUUAUGAAUUCGGCAUUAAACCUCUAAAACGGAAGCAGGCUGUCAAGUUGUUGGAGUUUAUAUAUAAUUCAACACAUCCAUUAAUACUUAAACAAACUCCUAUACAAAAAAACUAUCGCUUCCCUGAUAAAUCUGAUAAAGGUCCUUCGAAUCAAAUUAUUUCACACGCUAAUAAAUUAAAUCUAAAGGAUUGUUUUGGCUCUCAAAUACAGCUUUUAAAGAAUGAAUUACAACUCGGUUUGGAUUGUGAGGACUAUGUAUUUCAGACGAAUGUUACUAAGAAGACAUCACGGCCACUGUUACCUCUUCAUAUCGCCUGGUAUAACCUCGUUUCCUCCAGUAUCAGUUUGAAUGAAACUAUAUUGGCGUAUCAGCCCAUUGACUUGCAAGAAAUUCAUGUAUUUUUCAAGGAAAUCGGAUAUCGAUUCGAACCAAAGGACAUAAAAGCUUUCCUUGACAAGCGCUGCAUAAUUUUCCGCUACGAUAUGACCCAACCAGAUCGCCAGGUGGAACGCCAUAUUCGAAAACAUAAAAAAAAAUACUAAAAGAUAGUGAAUUAUUAUAAAUUGAACAUUUUAAAUUUUCUUUAUCUAUAUGAUUAAUUUCUGAUACUGCCUUACAAUGAUUAAAAAAUUACUUAAUAUUGGUAUUUCUAAAUUGAAUUGCAAUAAAAAAAGUAAUAACAAGAAAAAUAGCUGCACCGAAGCUAUAAUACUCGUACCCAAACCCACAGGUACAUUUCUUUUAGCGGCUUGAUGUAUAA